AGCGCUUGUUGUCUCGCGAGUAUUAUGCCAACUCUCGUGGCAUUCUAAUCUCUCAGACGUGCGCUUCCACUUGAUAUGCCUGAUAAACCUUUUGCAUGGACGUCCAUUUGUCCGGUGCGAGAUAAAAAUUCAUUCGCGUGCCGUGUGGACGGGAUGCGCUCCCGUAUAAAUGUGGCGCGUCGCGGGAAAUCUCGAGGAACUCGUUGAACCCGCGACCGUUGAUUUUUUUAUUCUGUAGCGCGCCGUACGUGUGCGCGCGAUAUUCUCGCGGGUGACAAAACGGCGAAGAUGAAGAGACAGAAUGUCAGAACACUGUCGCUGGUGGUGUGCACGUUUACGUAUCUUCUGGUUGGCGCCGCGGUGUUUGAUGCCCUUGAAUCAGACACUGAGAAGAAACGCUGGGAAUUUCUCUCAGAGAUACGUCGUAAUAUGAUGCGAAAAUAUAACAUUACGCUGGAGGAUUACAAGAUGGUCGAGAUCGUGAUAAUAGAGAAUAAACCGCACAAAGCUGGACCGCAGUGGAAGUUUGCGGGUGCUUUCUAUUUUGCCACUUUAGUAUUAGCCAUGAUUGGUUAUGGACAUUCCACUCCGGUAACUAAACCCGGAAAGGCAUUUUGUAUGGUGUACGCAAUGGUGGGAAUCCCAUUGGGCCUGGUGAUGUUCCAGAGCAUUGGUGAGCGAUUGAACAAGUUUGCAUCGGUCGUGAUCAGGCGAGCGAAGACGUAUCUUAGAUGCCAAAAGACCGAAGCAACGGAGAUGAAUCUUAUGCUGGCGACCGGCCUGCUUUCCAGUAUAAUUAUCACGACGGGCGCCGCGGUGUUUUCGCGAUACGAGGGCUGGAGUUACUUCGACAGUUUUUAUUACUGUUUCGUGACGCUCACCACCAUAGGCUUUGGCGACUACGUCGCUCUUCAGAAUGAUCAAGCGCUUUCCAAAAAUCCUGGAUACGUGAUCUUGAGUCUGGUCUUCAUCCUCUUCGGCUUGGCUGUGGUCGCUGCCAGCAUUAACUUGCUCGUGCUACGCUUCAUGACGACAGAGAGCGGUGAAGCGCGUCGCGACGACAGCGAGAUGGUGUCCGCUUCGCACCACGUUUUAACGUUAGACGGCGAGGUCGUGGCGGUAAACGGUAAACUUCUGGCCAGCCAUACGCCGAUCAUGCACGAUACGGACGAUUGCGUGAGCGUGUGCUCCUGUACCUGCCUCGGUCCGACGAAUUCCGAGUUGUUAGACCCUUCCGGAUAUCAGGGCUAUCGACCGCCUCCGAUCUCCGCCGGUCUUCGCGUGAAACGCGCAUCCGUCUGAUGGAGGGAGUUUCGUCGUCGCAGUCUACGUCGCCGACUUUCGAGGGCCGACAGCCGGGAGUUACUCGGCAUCGACGUGUAGCAUGCUCGAUCUCCUACGCGUCACUUCCCGAGAGAGGAUCACUAGGCCCUGUGAAUAUAUCCAAGAAACGAUUCCUCGGUGAGAUUCUUACCUUUUGUGGAGAGUAAAAAAUUUUAAAAACAUAAAAAAAAACUGACCACGUCUCCUUGAUGUGUUUGAUACUUGUGUAAUAAAGACAUUGACUGUUAAUAAUUGUUGCCCGACCCCUUGUCGGAGGUUUGCGAGAGAUGCUUGGAGAAUGUGUUCCUGUUGCACUUCUCCCCGAUGUUGUACCCGAUAUCUAUUCCCGAAGUUACGAUGCAUUUUGAUAAUUAAUGUUGAUCGAUCGUACCGAUUUCAGACACGUGUAUGUUGUGUGUGUAAUUUGCGAGUAUAACAUUCGCUUUAUGUCAGAUGAAAAAUGACGAACGGCAUAAUUGUCCUUUUGAUCGAUAAAUAUCAGAUCAUUGAUUGUUUGGGUGUUCCAGCGGUGACCCUUGCAAUAUCGUAUCCUAGAAAAAGUGAAAUAUCCCAGUACCUCAAACAUAUGUGAGCUCAGACGCGAAUUAUCAAACAGAUAAUCGCGCAUUUAUAGAUUGCAGUAUUAUCAAUGUUGUAUUAAUAUGAAUGUGAAGUCGAAGUAUAAAUUGGCUUCCACAACUUAGAGAUUUUCAAAUUUAACAAAAACAAUUGAAAAUUAUUAUUCUUUUUACAUAAA